GGAAGCGAAACCUCACCUAAACAACAUUCUACCUGUUUCACUUUUAAUAGUUAAGAAGAGAGAAAGUCUUUGCCCAUAUCUGCCAGUACGAUCUAACCAGGCGGACAUCGUAGGUUGCUAAGAAACGUUAAAGAAAUGACAGGACAAAACGACAGUGAACAGGAAUAUGACUAUUCUGAAGAUUAUGGCAGCGAAAUCUGCAAUAAAACAGACGUUGUGAGAUUUGGAUCCAUCGCGACCCCGAUGUUCUUCUCCGCUGUGAUCGCGCUGAGUCUCGUGGGCAACGUCUUAGUCCUUGCUAUCUUGGUGCUGUACGAAACCCUUCGAUCGCUCACAAAUACGUUCAUUCUUAACCUGGCGCUCUCGGACUUAGUGUUCACGUUCGGACUUCCGUUCUGGGCGUACGAUCACCUGUGGGGGUGGACGCUUGGAGAAGAAGCCUGCAAAGCGGUUAAUUUUGUCUUCUAUGCCGGCUAUUACAGCAGCAUCGUUUUCCUAACGAUGAUGACUAUCCACCGCUACCUGGCCGUGGUCCAUCCGCUGGCUGACUUCGGAACUAGUAAGUGUUGCUAUGGCAUCAUCGCCUCCAUCAUCAUCUGGAUGGUGAGUUUCUCCGCGGCGAUCCCAUCCCUCCUCUACACCAAGGUCCUGGAAGAUCCCCACGACCCCAGUGUACUGUACUGCACUUACGACGACAUAAACUGGAAAACGGCUUCAGCUUUCCAGCAGAACGUCGUUUUCGUGGUGGCGUUUUCAGUUAUCGCUUUCUGUUACGGCAACAUUCUAUCGACAAUCCUCCGCUCGAGAUCGCACUCGCGGCACAGAACCGUGAAGCUCAUCUUCACCAUCGUGGUGGUGUUUUUCGUGGGAUGGGCGCCGUACAAUACCGUGAUAUUUCUAAGGUCAAUGACCGAUUUGUCGGUGUCCCCGUUCACCCAGUGCGAAAUCAGUACCGGACUGGAUUAUGGGUUCUACGUCUGUCGUAUGAUCGCCUUCUCUCAUUGCUGCCUGAACCCCGUCUUUUACGUCUUUGUUGGCAUUAAGUUCAGGUCGCACCUGAAGAUGAUUCUGCGAGGGAUCUGCCAACCACAAGCCACCGGCGAAACAUAUCGCCGCAACAGCAGGCUUAACUCUCACUCGCAUGGCUCAAUGUAUUAAAACAGCACGAACAAUUAAAACAAUUAAGUAACAAGUAUUUACAAAUUGAAAUAACAUAUUUAAAAUAAAAAAUUCACUUAUUGAACAAUAAAAAUUCAACAUUAUUACCGGGACGGUAGCCUAUUCGAGUAGCCUAUUCAACAUUUAAGAUUUUGUCUCCACUGAACCCUCCACGUAUUGCUGCUUGAAGGGAAAAAAGGUCGUGAUUUGCAUCGAUCAUGUGCAAAACCGCUUGGACACACUGUCUGUACAGUGUUUAUGUGUGGCUACGUUUGUCAACGACGCAAAUUUCUUUGUCCACUUACGUCGGCCAGAACCCCGUUUAAAUGGACCAGUAGCCUAUAACAACUGCCACAUUGAAUGAGGGGGGGAUAAUGGUAACCACCCUCCACGAACCUUUAGUUUUUAACACAAAUACUUAUUUUGUUUUUCCAACCAUGUUAAGGAGGCGCUUCACAUGCUUGUCGUGCUGGUUUCAAAAAACUACAUUUCCCUUUGUGUGCGCUGAAAUGCAACUACAAAAAGCGGCUGUUUGUCAUGGGUAGGCUACUAGUCCUUAAGGCUUAAACGGGGAAUUAUCUUUAUGUUAAUCUUGGGUUUUACUUUAGGCUCGUCAAAUAUCUUCUUAUUGUACAUUCGUAGUCUCGUAUGAUAUCCUGACGUAGGCUAUAUUCAAAGAAAACAAAAAACAAAAAAAAUUAUUUGUGUAGGCUACUUUCAUAGAGGAGGAUUAAAACAUUGCGGUGUUAUGCAAUGUUUUAAAAUCGUAUGUAACCUGUAAGGAUGUUUGCGUUUCAAUGGUGCUGCUUAAAUAUACAUUUAGAACUGCAUUAAACUGUAACAGGUUAAGAGUUAACACGCAAUUGUUGAUAAGCGUAACUGUGCUGAUCAACCUAAUCCUGCUGCUUGCUGAAUGUAGCUAAUAAUAAUAAUAAAUAAGAAACCAGUAUUUUAGGCUUUCGGCAGUUGGUUCAUAGACUGUUACAGCUGUGGAUUUUGUGAAGCUCCAUUAUAUGUUUAUUUUCCAUGAGAAAUGCUAGCUUUCCAUAGCUGUUAGGUGGCCGGUUGAUUGAAUCUUUUUUAUUUUAUUUUAUUUUAUUUUUUUAAUGCAAUACCUUGCCCUGUAACAACAAUAACAGCCUGCCUGUCCCAAAACAUUGCUUCAGUUAACAAACUGUGUACUACAAAUUAAAUGACCGGUGUGCACAACGCAUUUUUUAAAUAAAUACUGUUGAAAAAUCA